AUGCUGUCACAGGAGAAGAAAUUAUGCUGUGAGAUUAUAAGGGAUCACGGUGUUCCUGUUGCAGAGAUUGCACGCCAGCUUAGAAGGUCAAGGUCAACAGGUCAGGUCUACGAGACCCUACAACGUCUACAAGAGACCGGUUCCCGUGCUCCUAAACCAAAAUCUGGACGCUCCCAGGUCUCCAACGUAAGGACUUACAGGCUACUUGCGCGAACCUACCCCCAGAACCGAAAAUUAACUGUUCCUGCCCCGAGGCUGGUCCGGCAGGAAGCUGGAGUGAAUGCUUCAAAUUCUACUGUGAGACGCUGA